AUGUAUAGUGGCGGGUGGGGUAAUGAAGACUGGAGUGAGCAGGACAGUGAUUGGUCCGCUGAUGACACACAGACCGACAGCGCAGCGCCAGAGGAAAGUGUGAAUGUCGAUGCCCCACUGAGUGACUAUGAGGUGCAACUGCUGAAGCAGUGGUACAAGCACGGUCACGUGGCUGUGUCACCCGCAGGUGAUCUGGUUGUGGUCGGAACAAA